AGCAAGGAGGUGGGCUGGGCCAAGCACGAGCUAGCGAUAUCCUAUAAGCGGGUUCUAGCAUACAUCGGCACAUUUCCGUUAGGGAACGCCUACUAUGUGAAGUGCGCGUGUGCAAUAACUCGCCUUUGCGCUCCUUCGAAACAAAGCGAUUGUGUUUUACAACUUUGGCGAAGGUUAAGUCUACUCUGUUCAUAACCGAUUCUAGUUUUGGGAACAGAAAACUGUACUGAGAUCAAAUGUUUCAUCGAUGAGAAAUGUUUCAGAAUGUCGACCAAAAUCCAUCUUCUCCCACGGGGCUUUCUCUCACUAACAUAUUUCCUCUCACUGUGGAAACGCAAAGGGGAUUCUUCACAUGUAUUCAUCUGGUGAAAUAUCUGUUCCGUCUCUGGCUGGAUCCCUUCAAGCCAUGACCCGGUUGGGGUUCGGCGAAUGUAUGUCGCAAGUGACAUCACUUGCGGCCAAUGAACUGCGAAACUGGCGUGGAAGGACUAUUUCAUUGAUAGAUUAAUUGGAUUUUUGUUUGUCAAACACCAAGCGACAUUGUAGAUUAAAGACUUGUCUAGGUAGAGAAGGAACACAGUGAGCGCUACCAUGUUUAAAAGCUAGCAUCGUUACCAUGGGGACUGGCCCCAAUCGCAACCUCAGAUGGCUAGCUAAAUAGUUAAGCAGCUAAAUCAAAUCAAAUUGCAUUGGUCAUUAGUUCCGUGUGUGCACAUCAACACCCACAAAUUGAGCACUAUACUCAAAUGUAAUGUUGACAGUUUGUGGUUUAAGUUACAGCUGGCUAUGUGGUAGAGCUAAACAAAUAACAUUACCAAGUUUAGGCUUGCCAACUACAUGACCAGGGGCCUGUUGCACAAAAGUAGAAUUAAGACAUCCGGGAUAAAUGACUCAGCUGAGCUCAAUGAAGCCAAAACAUGUGCGUCCAGGCUUAAUUGGUUGCACAAAGACCAAGCCAGGAUGAGCAGACACGGAUUCAUUAAGCCAGGUGAAACCAAUCCUGGAUAGGUGCGCGCUCACGGCUCACUCAAAUAGACCCCGCCACAGAUCACAGAUUAAUUGAUUUACCAUGGCAACUAGAGCCGCGUACUUUUCCCCGUCGGAAGCACAAAUCCUCAUGGAGGCAUACGAGGAGGUAAAAGAUAUAAUUAAGAAGAAAGGCAACACCGCCAUAGUGAUAAAGCAAAGAGAAAAAGCGUGGCAAAGUAUUGCAGACCGCCUGAAUGCAUUAAACAUGAACGGGCCAAAACGGACAUGGCAGCAGGUCAAAAUCAAAUACAAGAACAUUCUGCAGAAUGCAGUGAAAAAGAAUACCCACAGACAAGGCACGGGUGGUGAGUCACCAAAGGCUGACCUUACCCCAGCAGAGGACAUGGCCUUGGAGCUAAAUAAAGGCAGGCCCGUCUUAGAGGGGGGAUCCCUGGGGGUAAAAGAGACGAGCAUAGGUUCCUCCCAAGAUGCCACCCGCUUCAUUCAAGUGCCUGGCAGCACUGUGUUCCUGUUAGAGCCACCAGCACAAGCACCAGACGAUGCUGAUCCAGGUGAAGGCCCCAGUGCAGCAGCAACAGCACAUGAUGGAGACGAUGAUGAGGAGGAGACCAUCUCUCUGGAUUCCAGAAGGCAUGAGGACCCAGAUGCUAUACAGUGGGAAAACCAGCCUGGCAACAUAAGCUCACAAGCUAUCAGAAAGUUGUAUGGCAACCACCUCCGGCGCCAAAUAGAACUGGCAGACAUAGACAUUCAGUACAAGAAGAAAAAGAUGGAAAAUCUUGCACUGGAGUCCGAAAUAAAAAAGAGGACAAUUAGGAAACUGGACCUUGAAAUAAAAAAACUUGAGAGGGAGCUCCAAGAAGAUGACACAGCUCAAAAUAAAAUUAGGUAUAUUCUCGUAAAGUCAAGUGAGCCAUGACAUAUGAGCUCUUAUUGUGAGCACACAGGACGGUGGCAUCUUUCUAAGGUUUUUUUUAUUUUCCCAGCAAUCAGUACAACCAAGUCAUCGUUAUAAGGCAUCGCCCUCUUUUGCCCACCCCCAGCACCAGGUGUGGCCACUAGCCUAUAUGAAGGCCCAAAAUUGUGUGUUCCUUUCUGCUCUGACAAUGGCAUGCCCAUUCGUGCGAGAUGUGGUGGAUGAAGAAGCACUUGUGCUGAGGAGAGCCUUCAGGCGAGAAAGGGUCUUCAGGGACCGGUUGGACCCACUGGCCUUCCCUGAUGACCAUCUAUAUGAAAGAUACAGGUUUUCUGCAGAUGGCAUCAGGUAUCUAUGCAGACUACUGGGUCCCAGGAUUAAGCACCGCACUGCACGGAGCCAUGCACUGAGUGUGAAGCAAAUGGUUUGUGUGGCCUUGCGCUUUUUUGCUAGUGGAGCCUUCCUGUACUCAGUGGGGGAUGCUGAACAAGGCCACAAUUUGCCGCACAAUAAGGAGUGUGUGUCUGGCUAUCAAAGCAUUAGCAGAUGUCUUCAUCUCCUUCCCUGGCCACAGAAGACUCUGUGACAUCAAAGAGGAGUUCUAUAGGAUUGCAGGUUUCCCCAAUGUCAUUGGUGCAGUGGACUGCACACACAUAAGGAUAAAAGCCCCUCAGGUGCCCAUGAGGCCGAUUUUGUGAAUAGGAAAUCCUUUCACAGCAUUAAUGUUCAGAUGGUCUGCAAUGCUGACUGUGUGAUCAGCAAUGUUGUGGCAAAAUGGCCUGGCUCAGUCCAUGACUCCAGAAUCUUUCGGGCCUCUGAAAUCUAUCAGUGCCUAUCACAAGGUGAAUUCUCUGGUGUGUUGCUGGGAGACAGGGGGUAUGGCUGCCAGCCUUUUCUCCUGACACCUUUCACAGACCCCCAGGAAGCACAGCAGGCCUAUGCCCAUGCCAGGACCAGGGCCAGAGUUGAAAUGACCUUUGGCCUCCUGAAGGCACGCUUUCACUGCCUUCACAAAUUAAGGGUCAGCCCUGUUAGGGCAUGUGAUAUUACUGUGGCUUGUGCUGUCCUCCACAAUGUGGCCUGCCUGAGGAAGGAGAGGGCCCCCAGAGUGCCACCAGCCAUGGACUGGGACAAUCCGGUAAUCUUCCCUGAUGACGACAGUGGUCGGCUGCUGAGGGACCAAUAUGUGUUGAAUUAUUUUAGUUAGUAUGUGUGCUUUCAAUUUUGGUUAAAUAUGUCCUGCGGUGGCAGAGGAAUUUGGUUUUUUUUGGGUUCGUUUUUUGAUGAAUUUGGCCUCUUAUGAUGUUUGUGCGGUAUACUGUGUGUAAUACAAGGCUGCAGGGAGGCUACUGCAUCAUUCAUUUGUCUGUUCAGUUGAUGUGUAUGGAUUUGUCCUGCAUUUUAUUUUAGUGUGCAGACAUGCAGGGUGUGUUAUAUACAGACCUUUGAAUGUGUAUGUAUCAUUUUGUAUAAUAUGCUUGGAUUCUGUGCUUUCCAUCUUGUAGAGUCACUGUGACUUCAGUUUCGAAAGGAGCUGAUGGUUUACCUGCUUUGUUUUGUCCUUAUUCAAUAAAGGAACAUAAUGUUACACAUUGUGUUUUUAUAUUCAUA